GGGAUCCACAGGGGGCGCUGUGGGGCGCGCGGGCGGGCUCGGUGCGCGCUCCCCGCUGAUGCGCGCCCCCGCCGCGCUCGCUCCCCGCGCCGGGCGAGCUGCCCCGAGCGCCCAGAGCCCAGCGCAGAGCGGGGCGGGACGGCGACCGCAGGCGGACCGGCUCCUCCCCAGUUUGAGGUGCAGCCAUGAAGAGCAAGUAGAACGACCAAGAAUGCUUUUCCGCAAUCGUGAUCGCCUCUUGCUGCUGCUGGCCCUGGCUGCUCUGCUGGCCGUCCUGAGCCUCAGCCUGCAGUUCUUCCACCUGAUCCCCACUUCAGUGACUAGGAACGGAGGGAGCAGCAAGAGCCGGAAGAGAAUCCUGCCUGACCCUGUGACUGAGCCCCCGGUGAUGGACCCCGUGUAUGAAGCCCUGUUGUAUUGCAACACUCCAGGGGUGGCCGAGCACAGCAUGGAAGGCCAUGCCCCGCAUCACUUCAAACUGGUCUCCGUGCACGUGUUCAUCCGACAUGGGGACAGGUACCCCCUCUACAUCAUCCCUAAGACCAAGCGCCCAGAAAUCGACUGCACCCUGGCAGCCAACAGGAAACCGUAUCACCCUAAGCUGGAAGCCUUCAUCAGCCACAUGUCCAGAGGGCCUGCAGCAGCUUUUGAGAGCCCCUUACAGUCUCUGCCUCUCUAUCCUAACCAUCCACUGUGUGAGAUGGGGGAGCUCACACAGACAGGGGUCGUGCAGCACCUGCAGAACGGCCAGCAGCUGAGAGACAUCUACCUGAAGAAGCACAAGCUCCUGCCCGGCGACUGGGCCCCGGAGCAGCUGUACCUGGAGAGCACGGGGAAGAGCCGGACGCUGCAGAGCGGGCUGGCCCUGCUUUACGGCUUUCUCCCGGACUUCGACUGGAGGAAAAUCUACUUCCGGCACCAGCCCAGUGCCCUCUUUUGCUCGGGGAGCUGCUACUGCCCUGCCCGGAACCUGUACCUGGAGAAGGAGCAGCGCCGCCAGUACCUUCUGCGCCUGCGCAAUGGUGAGCUGGACCAGACCUACGGGGACAUGGCGCGCAUCGUGGACGUGCCCACCAAGCAGCUGCGCGCCGCCAACCCCAUCGACUCCAUGCUCUGCCACUUGUGCCACAACGUCAGCUUCCCCUGCACCCGGAACGGUUGCCUGGGCAUGGAGCACUUCAAAGUGAUCAAGACGCACCAGCUGGAGGACGAGAGAGACCGGCAGGAGAAGAAGCUGUACCUGGGCUACUCCCUGCUGGGUGCCCACCCCAUCCUCAACCAGACGGUAGCUCGGAUGCAGCAGGCGGCGGAGGGUAGACACGUCCAGGCCUUUGCCCUCUACUCGGCGCAUGAUGUCACCCUGUCGCCCCUCCUCAGUGCCUUGGGCCUCACAGAAGCCCGCUUCCCCAGGUUCGCAGCCAGGCUGGUCUUUGAGCUCUGGCGAGACCUGGAGAAGCCUAGCGAGCAUGCGGUGCGGGUUCUGUACAAUGGCGUGGAUGUCACCUUCCACACCUCCUUCUGCCAUGACCACCACAAGCGAUCCCUCAAACCCAUGUGCCCCCUGGAUAACUUGGUGCACUUUGUCAAGAGGGACAUGUUUGCGGCCCUGGGUAGCAACAGUGCUAAUUAUCAUGAGGCAUGUCACAGGGAAGGGUUCUAGAAAGGUGGCACUUAGGGUUAUGCAGGGAAAAGAUCCACUUCCUUUCGUCCUUAUAUCCUCUGCAAAGGGUCCAAGGUGAAUGAGUUUAAAGACUAGAUGCCGCCUUCCAGGAGUCUCUUGGAUGCUCUGGGCUGAACAGUAAGGACACUGUUGUGUAUGAUUUGGUACAGGAGUUACUAGUGAGUUACUGGGUACGUGGCAGCCAGCUCACAGAGAAUGGAAGGUACUUUAACACAGUCAGGCAUAAUGUUGGAUGCCAGAAUGCUGUCUCCAUUCCCAAAGUUGUCAGUCCACAUGUGUGUUCAUUUCACCUGCUGAGGUGAAGUGGAAUACAAAAUGGGACCAUCAGGAACCAUUACAGAACCAUCAGACCUCAGCUCAAACAUGCUCCCUGCUGUAUGUCCCUGUUCAGUGAGACUUUCCCUGAAGUGAUUUCUCUAAGGUAGUAGUUAGCAAACACUGUCUAGGGGAAAAGGCCAGACAGUAAAUAUUGACCAAAAUAUGAGACUUUGCAGACAAACUGGCCACAUACAGCCUCUGUUACAACUAUUUCACGCAGUUCUUUUCUGACAUGAAAGCAACCACUGCCAGUAUGUAAACAAUGGCUGUGGCGGACUUCACGGCAUUUGGCUGUUGUUUGCUGAACCCUGAUCCGAAAACCUGAUCCGAAACCUUUCAUUCUAAUUGCACUUUCAGCACUUUGAGAACCAGCUGAAUACCAAGAAUUAUUCAGUGGUGCCUCCAGAAACUUCUGCUAGAAACACAGAAUCUGGUCUGUCUCUGCCAUGAUAGCAAAACUUUAGGGGGAACAUAAGCGUUGACUGAGAAUGAAUCUUAGAAAAAGUAUUAGAAAAAAAAAAUGAACUAGAAGGACACUUGCUGUUCAUAAUGAUUGAGGUACUAAGAUCAUUUUUUAAAAUGUUUUCAGUAUUUGUCCAUGGUAGUCUCUUUGCUGUCAAUUUUUGUAUUCCAUUUAGUAUUUUUAUAGUCUGGAAAAAUAUUUUCUAAGACCAUAAGAUGUGCUGUUAUUCUUCUGUCAGAGUCGAUGUGCUGUGCCCAUCUGGUACUUAGAAAGAUCCAGAAGAAGUUUGGCACUUUCUUCCAACAAAAGUAAUUAUGGCUCAUUCCCUGUGACAAGUCUUAAACCAUUUCAUUCAUUUCAAAUGGUAAAUUACAAUAAAUUUUUAAAUAAGUCUAGGGAAAACUUUGUUACUAGAGAACUGAAUAAUCUUUAUAAGGUGUUUUAUACGUUAGAAGCAAUUACAAUUCACUCUGUGACUUCUGAACUCCUGGUGCUAGUCCCAUGAGAAGAAGUGUAAGGUACACGUGUGAUUGCAGCCUGUUCUCUUUGUUUUUGUCCAGUGUUGCACUUGAAUACUUCCAUUUCUAUCAAUAAAUCUUUGAAGAAUUCUUGUA